GGGGGGGGGGGGAUUGGAGAAUAUGCGGAGACUCCAGCGAGGAAGAUUCGUCGUCUCCCGGAGAAACGUCAAGAAAAGAAACGAAAAGAAAAGGCAAAAACGCAGACGUAAUAUUCGCAUCUCGGGUUCUCUCUCCGUGCAUUGAUGAUUCGCUCCCUCCCCCACAAACUGAAGCUCGGCCAGCGGAGUUCCGGUCCCUCUCUAUAUAUAUUGAGCCCGAGCUUUCUCUCCUCCGUUGCCCCCCCAACUGCUUCCGAGCUCCAUCUCUCCAGACAUUGAGCGGUUGGAGCGCAGCAGCCCAUUGAUGCCAGCUGGUUGCUGGCGGAUAGACUGAUUUGAACCAUCACUUGACGGCUUAUGAGUCCCGAGAGUACAUCGAACUCCAGGAAAGCCUUAGAAGGUGUGCAUGGGGUACAUGUCAUGCCUCAUGCCCCAUUUGCACUCGAAGAGAUUAGCAAGCAUGGGGACUAUCCUCAAUCAAGUUCAAGAAUUGGACUAAAUCAGCAGCUUUUUGUGCAGCGAGUAUGGCAGCAAAGACCAGCAUGUUUGAGGCCUAUCCAAUGUUGCAUUCACGGCGAUCGCCAUCUUGCAGAAACAGUUGCAAAUGUGCUCACAUCCCUUCCUUUCAUUGCUCUCGGCAUGCAAGCACCAAGGAAGAAUCUCAAUACGAAGCUCUAUGCUAAUUCGUUAGUUGGAGUUGGAGUUGCAUCAUCUUUGUAUCAUUCUUCAAGAGGGAGGUUGAGGAGGUUUCUUAGAUGGGUUGACUACACAAUGAUAGCCACUGCUACUGUGUGUCUGUCCAGGGCCCUCAGAAAUGAGAAUCCAAAAUUGUUGAUGGCAGCAUCUGCCGCCUUUCUUCCUGUCCAACCUCUGAUGGUCUCAGCAAUUCACGCUGGAAUGAUGGAGGUAGCAUUCGCAAAAAGAGCAUUGGAAGAUCCAGAAUUAAGGAUGGCUCACAAUAUUCAUAAAAUGUCAUCGUUGCUGGGAGGUGCCCUUUUCAUUGCUGAUGAUGUCUUUCCCACGACGCCAUAUAUUCAUGCCGGUUGGCAUCUCGCUGCAGCUGUCUGUGUUGGCACAUGCAACAAGCUUCUGGAGUAGUGUGUUCCAUUAUCACCUAUACGUUCAACUGCCUACGUUUCAAGAGGAAGCAACGACAACCUCAGUACCCCUCCUUUUACAAAAUUUAUGUAGAAAGAGAUGGGAAGCCAUGUAAAACUGCUGCUGCUGCAGGUUCCGGUCAAACCCGAAUCAGGUUUACCAUGUAGAGUAUUUUUCAUGUCUAAAGUAGGAAGUAAGCCAUUCUUCCUGUCCGUCGAGCUAGGCUUGUAACUAUAGUGAGUAUAUUUCUUAAGUUCCAGCUCAACUAUCGUUGUUCUGGACUCUAAUGGUAAAAAGGACUUUCAUUCGUCUAA